UUACACAGCUCUAAUAGGUUAUAAGAGACAGAUCAGUGCUUUUCUUUCUCUAAAAUAAACUACCACAGCGCUCAGUAAUUCAUUUUAACUUGUUUUUAUAUUAAUUUAGAUUGGUUCUUUGGGAUCUUCUGAAUUUUAGCUACAAUUAUCAAGUUUUAAUCCUUUAGUUUGCUUGGUAAACAGCCUAAGCUACACAUGAGGGUUCUUAUUUAGCGGCACAAAGCUGAUUUGAACAGCAUACUUUAAACACGCUUCAGAUUGAUCUUAUAUUGCUGUUAAAGUGUAGAUUUAAUCCUGUAUUAAUAAAAUAAACACUUAUUUUACUGCAAAGCUUCAUCCCGGAACGCGAGGAUUUGGGGAUUUAGGGAUUUUGCUUCGAGUCGGACGGAUUUUCUCUCCCCACCGCAGCGGUGUGAUGGCGGCGCUGAGGGCGGCAUUAUGCGGGCGCUUCCUGCAACCUCUCUCUGUGUCGUUCGGAUCGCUGCGCUUCGCCAGCUCAUCUUUCAAGGCUGCUGAUCUGACCAUUGAGAAGAGCAAUGCCUUGAAGCCCAAGCCUGAUCCGUCCACCCUGGUGUUUGGGAAACAGUUCUCAGACCACAUGCUGACCAUCUAUUGGUCUGAGAAAGGAGGAUGGGAAGCCCCUCAGAUCAAACCCUUCCAGAACCUCUCCAUUCACCCUGCCACAUCUGCCCUGCACUACUCUGUACAGCUUUUUGAAGGGAUGAAAGCAUUCCGGGGUGCAGAUAACCACAUCCGUCUGUUCAGGCCCAUGCUGAAUAUGGAGCGCAUGUAUCGCAGUGCAGAGCGCUCCAGCCUCCCUUUGUUUGAUAAGAAUGAGUUGGUGCAGUGUAUUAAGAAGCUGAUAGAAGUGGAUCAGGAAUGGGUUCCAUACUCAUCCGACGCCAGUCUCUACAUCCGACCCACCUUCAUUGGAAUGGAGCCAUCUCUAGGUGUGUCACGCUCAGGACACGCCCUGCUGUUCGUCAUAGUGGGUCCAGUGGGGCCGUACUUCGCCACAGGAACCUUCAACCCCGUGUCUCUUCUGGCAGACCCCCGCUACGUCCGUGCCUGCAGGGGGGGUGUGGGAGCUUACAAGAUGGGAGGUAACUAUGGGCCUACCAUAGCGAUCCAGGCUGAGGCGCUGAAGCAGGGCUGUCAGCAGGUGCUGUGGCUGUACGGGGAGGAGGAGGAGAUCACUGAGGUCGGCACCAUGAACCUCUUCAUCUACUGGACUACUGAGAAUGGAGAGCGAGAACUCAUCACUCCUCCAUUAGACGGCAUCAUUCUCCCAGGAGUCACCAGGCAGUCUCUGCUGGAUCUGGCCAGAGAAUGGGGUGAGUUUAAGGUGACUGAGCGGAAGGUGGGUAUGAAAGAGUUUCUGGAUGCUCUGAAAGGAGGACGAGUACGAGAGGUAUUUGGAGCAGGAACCGCCUGUGUGGUGUGCCCCGUCGGCAGCCUGCUCUACAAAGGACAGACCUAUCAGAUUCCCACUAUGCAGAACGGCCCAGAGCUCGCCACCAGGUUCUUUAAAGAGCUCACUGACAUUCAGUACGGACGCACAAAGAGGGACUGGGCGCCAGUCAUCGUCUGAUUGGUCGGUCAGUCAGUCAGUCUAGACCAACUUCUUCCAAUCAUCUUUAGGAACCGUAUGUACCAGACCACCUGCCCUUAACCCACUGAUACACUCCUCCGUCUCGGCAGGCUGUGUGUGGUGCUUAUGGCCGUCGCUGGGUAGUUUUGUUUGUUGGUUUGUUUGUCUUGUGUUGUGUGUAGGAAACUUUUUAAAGGGGUAGGCUUAGUUAUUCUCAAGUAACCAAUUUACUGGACAGUCUGUUGGUAAAUGACCACUGAAACAUUUAUGCAAAACAGCAAAAACUGGCCUGGUCUGUCCUAACUUUAACACACCUCUGUUUUUAGCCUUUAUGGAUAUAGAUAUUAUUUUUCCUACUUAUUCACACAUUUGUCCUUCAUGAUACAGUAUGUAGCAAUAGGGUCCACUGAUUUGGGAGAAUAGAAGCACAAUUUUGUGGUUAAAUGAUGCAAGUCAGCAUGUGCAAUAAGGUCAUGCAAAAAGGAGUGCUGGGUGCUAACCAAGCUUAAAACUGUUACCUUUAUAAAAGAAAGAGAGACUUUGAACAAAGAGGAGACAAUGAAUGUUAAAUAAGGAACAAAAGCAAAAACAUUGUUUAGUUACAUUAAGAAACGCUCAAAUUAAUCACUUAAAUAACUCUUCCUUGAUGUUUUCCAACAUGCAACAUGAAUGUUUAUCUUUUUGUAAUCAGUGAAUAGAUUCGUAAUCAUUGUUUGAGGCUCUAAGGAAGGGUGAAAGAAAGCUUUAAAUUUGGCAGGGUGAGAUGUAUUGUUUGUUUUGAAGUCUUCUGCCAGUGUUUUAGAUGUGAACUAUUAAAAAAAGAGAGUAGGGGAUAAGCAGUAAUGUUAAGAUCCGCACAGCUAUUUUUCACUGUAAAAAGUGGUUCAUCUGUUUAACUAAAGAAAGAAGAUAAGACUUUGUUGUAACCAACAGUUGAAUUUGGGUUAUUAAAGUAAAAUACAUACAGUACCAGUCAAAAGUUUGAACACACCUUAAAUACAGUGGUUUUUCAUUAUUUUUAAUUAUUUUGCCUUGUAAAUUUAUACUAAAAACAUAUAUAAUUAUUUAGUAAACAAAUUAGUGUUAAUAGACUCUUCAAAGUAGGCAGCUUUGCACAUCUUGACCUUUUGUCAGUCAGCCUUUAUGAGGUAGAGUAACAUUAAAUGGCUUUCAGUUAACAGCUGUGCUGAACUCGACAAGAAUUAAUUACUUAAAUUUUUGCCUCUUAAUAUGUUGAGAGUAUCAGUUAUGUUGUAAAGAGGUAGAGUUACAGGUAUAUAGUAAAUAGCCCUAUUUAAGUAAUGUUCUAAUCCAUAUUAUGGCAAGAACUUCUCACCUAAUAAAGAAAUUAGGGUCAUGUCUAGUUGCAAAGACCAUCUAAAACAAUAUGAUGGAACUGGCUCUCAUCAGGACCGCCCUGGAAAGGAACAUAUCAUCAGAGUUUCCAGCCUCUGAAACUGCAGACAAGUUAACAGCUCUCCAGAUAAGAACCAUCUAAAUACUUCACAGAGUAUUUUGGUGUGUUUGAUACUUUUAAGUUACUUCCUUCAUAGUUUGGAUGACUUUACUAUUCAUUUACAAUUAAAAAAAAGAAUUAAUAAAACACAUUAAGCAUAUUCAGAAUAUUUAUUCAAAUUUGAUUUAGAGUAUUUAUUGUAAUUCAUUUUGUUCUUAGGUUAAACAAGACAAACCACUUUUCACAGAAGGUGUAUGUGAUGUACACAUGUAAACAAAUGUGAUUUAAGAUCAAGUCUCAUUGUUACUGUCGCACAAAAACCUUGUAUCUGCAAAAUGGCAGCUUAACGGAGGUGAAAUGUAUUUUUUUGUGCAAGUCAGUUUAAAGAUUUUAUUCCAAGUAAUUUUGAAGCAUUUCUAUUUGUCCAUUUACCUUAAAUCACCAUGUUACAUUAUGGUAAAACACAUACAAAAUGGAAAACGUCAAGAAUAGGGAUACAAAGUUUUUGUCUGACCUCAUAUAAAUAUAUUAAACAUGUUACUGAGAAAGAAGCACAAAGAGGGCACUGAGGGUGUUUUAAUGUAAUUGAAUAUAAAUUGUGCUUUUAUAAGUGUAAAUGUUGGGGGUGGAACCAGGUCUGCAGAAUUUAGUAUAUGUCAGAUUUAAAAUGCAUGUAAAAUGUAUUUCUUCAGGAACUGGGUUGUUGAAUUGGCCUAUCCAUGCCCUGUAGCUGCUGUCAGAAGGUAGACCAGCCUUUACAGAAAGCUAGUGAAUAUCUUGGUAUAUGUAAAGAGAAAUAUAUCAUAUCAGAAACCAUAUCUGAACUGGUGUGGAGUGGUGCGAUUCUUGCCCAGCCACGGAAUUGCUACGCUACACCAACUGUGUUGUCCAACCUUAAAAAACAGUUACUGAUAAAAAAAAAAAUGUAAGUUUAGGCAGAGCAUGGAUAGGCUAGUUUCAGGGGAACGCUAAACUGCAGGCCUGUAAAAGUUUAGAAAGCAAGGUUUCUCAUUUAGCUGGAUAUAUAUUCAGGCAAAUUUGACCCAUCUUUCAAAGAAAAACUGUUAUAUUGUGAUAAAUCAGGGUGUGGUUUGAAAUAAAUACAAAAUAAUUAUUUACAAAUAUAGAUUUUUAUUUACAGUCCAAACCCACUAGUGAAUUUGCACAUUCACAAAGAAAAUUGUUAGUAAAAUAGUGGCAAAUCUAAAAAUGUAAGGUUUCUGUUAAGGGACUAUUUUUUGCCACACAAGACCCAGCAUAUAUCCCACAAAUGGAUAAAGUAUUUUUGCUAAAAGUCGUCUAAAAUCUCAGUGUCUCAGGCUUCCAGCAGUGAAUUCGAAGCAUUCAAUAUUUGGUGUAAAAACUUGUUUUGGGGGAGCUUUUAAGCUUAAGUCUGGUUCCACCUGGUCACCACCAUGUUUACACUUGGUCUCUUCAUGCAUUUUGAGUAUCAGGAUUAUACAGCUCUGGAAAAAAAUAAGAGACCGCUUAAAAAUGAUGAGUUUCUUUGAUUUUACAAAAUUGAAAAUCACUGGAAUUAAAAAUCAGGGUUAUUCCACCAAAAUUGAUUUCUGAUCUUUUAAAACUUUAUGAAUAUGAACUUCUUUGCAUAUUGUCUGUAGUUUAUAUAAUAAAACAACAGUGUUCUUUUUACUCGAACAUAUACCUAUAAAUAGCAAAAUUGGAUAAACUGAUUCGGAAACUGAACUGGUCUCUUAAUUUUUUCCAGAGCUGUAUGUGGAUUAAGCCAUGGAUUUAUUAAACCACUUCAGGAGGUUGUCUUGAGCCAUAUUAUAGAAGUGUAAACGCAGCCAAAAGACCAAAAAUCAUCCCACUACAAAACAAACACCAAUAAUUGAUAUAAUUAUAUAAUUGAAUUUACAUAUUACAUACAACACAGCAAUCUGAUUUUACUAGAGAUACAUUUUACUACAGUCUGUUAAUGUCUGUGGCUAAAAUCCUAUCAGUGGCUAAAAAUCUAUCCAGAUACUAAUCACAUGAUGUGACCAAGUGUAAACAGAGUCAAAUAUGGAGCGUUUCACACCAAAUCACUUAACCAAUUUAUUAUGCAUUAGAAUUGGAUUAAGUUAUCCAGCUGACUGAGAUAUCCUGCUUUAUAAAAAGCACACUCUGCCCUGAGAGAGAUUUGUUAGCUUCGUGUUAGCAUUAAAACCCAAACGGAGGUAAACAGAUUAUGCACAGUAAGAUGGCUUUAUUAUACCCUAUAGAGGCUAGUUGGAGGAGUACCGUACACCACUGCACUAGCUUGUGUGUCAUAUUGAUAACUCUAGCAUCAUCAUGCAGCUCUAGUGUUGAUUUUAUGUUAUUACAGCUGUUGUUACUGAUCUUUUUUUUUUUUUUAAACCAUCCUUGUCAUGAUGCAGUCUCUCGUUCAGUGAUCCACUCCCCCCUCUUUUUUCCCCUAAGUGCCUGAUGGAGGCAGUUCUAGUUACUGUCCUUUUCUUUUCACUGUUUUUGUGUUUUAGUCUCCACUGCACUAAGAGAGAUGCACUGCUGUGUUCUCCAUCGCUUUGGUACAUAGUGUACUGUACUCUGAGGGGUCUUGAAUGGGUUGUAGUUACAUUUGUCAUUGCUGUUAUUUUAUUUUUACAAUAAAUCUGUGUAUAAACAGUG